AUGGCCGCAUUAACAAAGUUGGAUGUGCGCAAAAAAUACAUCAAUUUCGGCAAACUGAGGGCGCCGCGGAUGAUUGUCAGCGCGUCGUGGACCGGGAGAAGAGAGACACACUUCAUAUCUGCUUUGAAAACCUUGAAAACUGAAUUGGAAACUCAAAAUUUGGAUAAAUUAGACAAUGUUUUAGAAAAAUGUUCGUUAUUUGCUAGUGUUAAUCUGGCUAAAGUUCCUAAUCUUGACAAUAUAAUUAAAGUUAAUUUCAAAAAUCUGAAAAACGAAAUUAAAGAAAUGUUGUACGCUCAACAGGUAAAAAUUGUUAAUGCAAUAGACAUGCACGGCAUUGAAAUUUCAACAUUGAACAACAAGAUAAAUUUUUUAGCGUCCAAACGAGAUAACUAUAAUUUUGCCAGUCAUUCGAGUAAUACUUCGACGGCAAUAUUUCCGGAAAAAAACAACAUCGUAACUAUGCCUAAUCCAGCUAAUUCAGCUACACUCUGGUCAGAUGUAGUUCAAUCUCCAUUAGAAGACAACCCUUUGCCAUUCAGUAUUGUUGCUCGUAACAAAAAAAGACCAAGACUUAACAAUUCACCUGAAACCAAUCAACCUAAUCCUGCAAUAACUAGCAACAAAUUGGAAUCAUCAAAAUUACCAACUAAAAUAGUUGGCGCUAAAAAAAACGAUAAUAAUAAACUCAGUGCUGAUAAAAAAUUGAUCAAAAAAUCUGUAUUUGCCAUGAGCAACAUCAAAAAAUGCAGCAGAAGUAAUGUGAUUGACUACCUAUCAGAGGUGGGUAUUCAGGUAAUUUCGUGCUAUCCAGUGCAGAAGCGCUCUCUGGCUCCGUCAGGUACUCUGCCUCGUAAUGAAGACGAAGACUCAACAAUGUUCAGAGUAUGCAUCAACGCCAGUGAUACUUCUAAAAUUCAAGAUCCUGACAAUUUGCCAGAAAACGUAAUCAUCCGUGAAUGGCGGUUCCUCAACAGUAAAUCUGGCCAAACUACAUCAACUAACAAUGGCUAA